AUGUUCGGCAACGUCGCUCUGUUCCAGCAGGGAACCAUGCAGCAUAGUGAAGUCUCGUUGAACAAACGACGGCGCUUUGCUCCCGACACACUACCAUUUAUUGUAUCAUCGGAAGAUGGAGCAACUACACCUUUACUGCUCGAGGCAGAUGACCGAUCUCCUUCACAACAAGAGAUAGAAGCACAACUCUUGCAAGUCGGCAUGCGAGUACGCAAAUCAGUUGCGGAUGGCUAUCAGAACACUCCAGGUAGACGCGCCUUCACUCCUCGACCUUUCGCGAACUUCAACCGACUCUCACCUCAGACGAGAUCUGCUUUGUCGGGCGGAACGGAUGCUGAUGCCUCUUCCGCAGGACCACAAAACUUGAGCACCGCAACAUUCUGUGGAAUUAACCUAGCCAUGAUGGCUCACGUCAGCUCAGCGCCCGCUAUACAAGAGCAGAAGCUUUGGUCCUACAGCACGGCAUCGAAAAGACGUCAGCAAUUCGAAGAUGACCCGGAUAGUGACGACAGCCAGGACUUUAUGCCGAGGACGCCGCAGUUGGAAUAUGCCGAUGGUGAAAUGGGGCCAUCUAUUCCCCAGGACUACUUCAAUAUACUUCCAGACAAUAUGAGCAACAUUGCUCGUUCCACUCAAUCUCCAGCGCCACAGGUUGUCAAUCAUAAUCGCAGGUUGGCACAGCCGAAGUCGAGACUAAGGGCUGUACCACAGCAACCUGUGCCUGUUAUCAACCCAUUUGCACAGAUCGCUCCACCCAGGUCGGGCUUGGGUCACCAAAGGAUACGGAGCUGUGGCAUGGAGGCAAUGGAUUUUGGGGAGGCUUCAUUCCUACAACCAAGACAAGAUGUCGAUAUGGACUGCUCAUGA